UUUCUCCGUUCGACCUGUCAAAAUGCGCCCGGCCUAAUAUUCUACAAUUACAGCCCUACCGCUGCGCCAGAGAUCAGUGACUACAAAGACGACGGUACGAACGUGCUUCUAGACGCCAAUGAGAACGCAUACGGCCCCGGCCUAGCAUUGAACAGCGAAGGCGCUCUCCAAGCAUCACAAACCGGCGAAGCGACUGGCGCCUCGAAGCCCGAGAUCGACUUCCUUGGCCUAAACCGAUACCCCGACCCCCACCAGAUCGAGCUCAAGCAGCUCUUCUGCAAGCUCCGCAAUACUCACCACCAUACCUCCAAAACCUUCAGCCUCUUCGUCGGCGUCGGUUCCGACGAGGCCAUCGAUGCGCUGCUCCGCUGCUUCUGCGUGCCGGGCAAGGACAAGAUCCUGACCUGCCCGCCCACAUAUGGGAUGUACAGCGUGAGCGCGCAGACCAACGAUAUUGAUAUCGUCAAGGUCCCACUCGACGUGGACAACGGCUUCCAGCUGCAGCCCGACAAGGUCAACGAGGCUCUCGCGGCGGACCCAUCCAUCAAGCUGGCUUAUAUCUGCUCCCCCGGCAACCCGACCGCGAACGUGAUCCGCAAGGACGACAUCCGCAAGGUGCUGGAGCACCCGACCUGGAACGGGGUGGUCGUCGUCGACGAAGCGUACAUCGACUUCGCCGCCGAAGGCUCCAGCUUAGCGGAGUGGGUGACCGAAUGGCCUAACCUGGUGGUGAUGCAGACGCUCAGCAAGGCGUUCGGGCUGGCGGGGAUCCGGCUGGGCGUGGCAUUUACCAGCCCCGAGAUCGCGCGGCUGCUGAAUAGCCUCAAGGCCCCGUAUAACAUCUCGAGCCCCACGAGCGCGCUUGCGACGGCGGCCCUGUCGCCUGCCAACCUGGCCGUGAUGCGCUCGAAUCUUGCGCGGAUCUGCGCCCAGCGUGACCGGCUCCUGCGUGAGCUGCCCCAAAUUGCGGGCGUGGGGCGUUUCCUUGGCGGCCAAGACGCGAAUUUCCUUCUUGUGCAGAUUUUGGAUACCGACGGAAAACCCAGUAACCCGCUUAUGAGGCCAUGGCCGAGAAGCGAGGGUGGUAGUGCGCUUCCGUGGCAGGAGUAUGGAUGUGAGGGCUGUCUGCGCAUCACCGUCGGCACCGAAGCCGAAGUGACCAAGUUCCUACAGGAGAUUCGCGUGGUGCUGGCAGGCCUGCAUGCGGGUGUGGGCAUCCAGUCUCUCCGUGACGAGGUGCAGCGGGAGGAGACUGCAGCGGCGGUUAUUGCAUGA